AUGGGACUCAGCCGAGCUAAGUUAAUAACCACUGCAACAACAGAUGUCGGACGCAGAUCUGUGGCUUUUCCCGAGCCGAACAUGGACAAAUACUAUGCGGUCGCACGCGGUUACUCAGUUGGGGUGUUCACUGAUUACGAGGACGUCAAGAAAUCUAUAGAGGGUUACCCUCAACCACUACAUAAAAAAUUCGAUAAUUUGGACGAUGCGGUAUCGUAUUUCAACAAAUAUUUCCGUGGAACAGAAAAAGCAGAGAACGGCAGUCAAGAAAAGACCAAGACAACUGAAGAAGCCUCGAAAAAGGAGGGGAAACCUAUAACCUACUACGCAGUAGCACGAGGACACACAACAGGAGUCUUUACCUCGUGGGAGGAGUGCAAAAAACAAACAACUGGUUUCAAAGGUUCAAAAUUCAAGAAGUUCGAUAACGAAGACGAAGCGAAAAUGUUUGCGGAAGGAAAAACUCUCAAACAAAUUGGCAACGUGCUUUACUGCGUUUUCAUGAACUUACGAGCGCUUGGUUUAGAAGAAGCGAAGUCCAAUCGCAAACGUGACGCAGCCACUUCUAGUGGAGCCGAUACUCCUGCGCCGCAAAAAAAGCAGAAGAAGUGA